UCUGUUAACAAAUUCGUGGAAAUUGGAAAAAUUACAAAAGGGGAUUUAUCUAGCUUUUUUUUUGUUUCCAACCAUUUAUCUAGUACUAGGCGAUAAAUAUAUGAAAAAAAGAUAUGAAUUACUCUGACCAAAUUCGUCAGAUUUAUCAGUUUUUAUUUCUUUUCCAGCCAGGUUUAUUAUCAUCCUUAUCCUAUUACCUUAUCAUUUUCCCAAAUAUAUCACUGAAAAAUAAUAAAGAAAAUACAAAUUCUCCAAGAAGCGGUAAAGCGUUUAGAGAGAGAAAAAAAAAAAAACGCCAGUCGCCAUUGUUGUCCGAAUCUUCUUCGCGUCUCUAAACAAGAACAACAACACCACCACUUCCUCUCUUAACUUCUUCACCUCAACUUACCCCCCAAAUGAUUUUCCCAUCAUAUUCAUCAAUCCAGAUCAUGUUUCCAUGAUCAAUAACAUCUCUAAAACCCCUUUAGAUCUCACCGGACUCGCAUGGCGGCGAUCCGAGGUUUGAUCCAGGAAAUGCGGUCGAGACCGCACCGUGUGGUACACGACGCAGCCUCAAACGCUUCUGGUUCGGACCCUUUCCAAUGGUCGGAGCUCCCGGAGGAGCUGCUGAGAGAAAUCCUGAUUAGGGUUGAGUCGGUGGACGGCGGCGACUGGCCGUCACGGCGAAGUGCGGUGGCUUGCGCCGGCGUCUGCCGAAUCUGGCGAUUGCUCAUGAAGGAGAUCGUAGCUGUUCCUGAGAUAUCCUCUAAAUUGACUUUCCCAGUCUCUCUCAAGCAGCCUGGCCCAAGAGAUUCUCUGAUUCAGUGCUUCAUAAAACGUAACCGAAAUGCGCAAUCGUAUCAUCUCUAUCUCGGUUUAACCAACUCUUUGACGGAUAAUGGGAAGUUUCUUCUUGCUGCUUGUAAGCUGAAGCGCGCAACUUGCACUGAUUACAUCAUGUCUUUGCGCUCCGACGAUAUGUCAAGGAGAAGCAACGCAUAUCUAGGCAGAGUGAGAUCAAACUUCCUUGGAACCAAAUUCACGGUCUUCGACGGUAACCUGAUGCCACAGAGCAGAGCAACGAAGAUGAUGAAGAGCCGGUCUUCUAAUCUCAUGAAAGUUUCACCUCGAGUUCCUCAGGGAAGUUACCCCGUCGCUCACAUCUCAUACGAGCUAAACGUCUUAGGCUCCCGGGGACCGAGAAGAAUGCGUUGCAUAAUGGAUACAGUACCUAUGAGUGUCUUGGAGCCUCGAGGAGUAGCUUCGACACCCACAAGCACCUUUUCUACUCGGUCAUCGCCGUUCUUUAGGUCUCACUCAAAACCAAUACGCAGCAACAGCGCAUCUUGCAGCGACUCAGGUAACAACAGCUCGAGAGACCCACCAUUGGUGCUGAGCAAUAAGACUCCACGAUGGCACGAGCAGCUACGUUGCUGGUGCCUGAAUUUCCAUGGUCGAGUCACGGUGGCCUCGGUCAAGAACUUUCAGCUUGUGGCGGUCAGCGACUGCGAAACAGAGCAGCCAUCUGAGAGGAUUAUACUCCAGUUUGGUAAAGUUGGGAAGGACAUGUUCACCAUGGAUUAUGGAUAUCCGAUUUCUGCGUUUCAAGCGUUUGCGAUUUGCCUGAGCAGUUUUGAGACCAGAAUCGCCUGUGAAUGAUGAAGAGACAAACCUUAAGCACCUCCUUGUACUUAUUGUUGUUGUCUGUAAAUGGUGAAAUAUUCGUGAAAAAAAUCUCAGGAUCGUUUGAUAGUAUUUGUCUGGAUUCUUCACUACCAUUCGGAUCUGUCUGUUGUAUCCUUUUUUUUGUAUUUGACGCAAAGAAGAAUCUCAGAAAUAUGAGAACGUUAGAUUCUUGUCUGAAUACUAUAGAUUAUAGAAUUUUACAAGACAUUUUCCGCAGAAUAAUUUACUCUAUAACAG